CGAUAAGAUAUUUUAUAUUAGCAGCAUUUGGUUCUUCAUAUAAAAUAUUUUUUUAAAAAACGUAAUGGAUUCUACGGAAAAUAUGCAAACGACUCAACGGGAUGACGAAGCUGAGGAGAACGAGCGUAUAAUUCAGUUACAAGAUUUAAUUGAAAAAAACAUUAAGAUUGAGCAACAGAUUGAAUCCCGCUCAUUUGGCGAGUCCAUGUCGGCCAUUUAUGAUAUUUUAAGCAAGGCUAACGAUAUUGUCAAAGGCUAUGAGGAUCGCAAAACAAACUCUACAGAACUUGUACUGGACACUGAACUUCUAAGACGUAAUCACGAAGUGGUUGGAAAGGCCAUACAAUAUAAUUCGAAUUUCACAGACCGAAUGUUUUGUACGGCAAUUAACAACAUUGUUUUUAAAGAUAAUUCUGAAGACUGGAAUGCACUGUGCAGCCUCGCUUGCCAGCAUGGAGUACCAUACUUUACAAACGCCUCGAUGCUACCCUUUAUAAAUGUAGAACCUAAAAAGCACAUUCCAAAACAACGUGCACCGCGCAAAACCAACACAGAUGCGGUCGAAAAACGUCCCAAACAAAGCGACAAGCUAGAACGGAAAGGCGAAGGCUCCACGGCUGUCAAUCAUAUUAUGAAACAGAUUAAAAAUAUUUACAGAGCGGGCAACAAUGAGCCUAUUCCAUAUUUUAAACUAAUCUGCAAUCCCCAUAACUUUAUGGACAGUGUGCAGAAUGCAUUGAUUAUAUCGUUUCUAGUCAAAGAAAAUCUAAUUUCACUGGAAAAUGGAGCAGAUGGCUUGCCGCAAGUAAGAAUCAAUAGCAACUCUAAAGAAAGCGCUACGAAUGAGUCCUGCCAGGCGAUUUGUUGUUUAGAUGUUGAACUGUGCGAGAAAUAUGCUAAAUACUACAAUAUCACGGAACCACUCUUAAAACGCUCAGAAACCGAUGAAAAUUGAGCAACUAAAAGCAUCACAAGUAUUUUUAGUAUAAGUAGAGCACGCAUAAAAUAGUUGAGUUCUAAUGUUAAGUUAGUACCACGCUCCCCUGAGAACGCGUGUUCUUUAGGCUAUUCUCAUUACUUAUUGAACACGUCUCGCAAGAGCAAUGCGAAGCGAAGAGAAAUACAGCACGGUCCAUUUUCGUAGCUGAGAUGCACUGUUUAUGUAGAUUUUAGUUUUUAGUACAGAAUAUUUUCAAAUAUUUCGGAAUGUUCUUAGUUGUGCUGUAGGCUUUUUUAAUGGCACACGCAGUUUACGCGGAAUGCCAGAUUCAAAUAUUCAUUUAUAUAAAAUUUAAAUAAUAGAGAACGAAAUGCAGUUGAUAAGGUCAGUAAAUGUAUUUAUUUAUUGUCUUGCAAAUGAGUUCGCCGAUAACCAGAGUUCAAAUUAUAUUACAUGUGGAUUAGCUUAUUUAAAUUAUUAACACACACACAUAUAUGAUUAAAAUAGGCAUAAAUACAGUUCGGUUGAAAAUUUAUGUUCAUAUUUGAACUUAUGGUUUUAGUAAUCUGCAGUCAGUUGAAAAAUUUUUGUCACAGCAUCAAUAUUUUAAUCUCUGUCAGCAAUUAACCUCCCUCCUUGAGCGAAUUUCGUGAUUAAUAAGACAAUUAAUAUAACCCUACAAUAGACGGGAAUGAAUAAUUAUGUAUUUUGAACAAAUUAUUUCAAUAAAUUGUUGUAAACUAUUUUAAA